UCUCAACAUCACUGUAGUUGAUCACUUUAUUCGUAUUCCUCAACGAAUGGUGUUGGUGUCUAUAAUUUCAAUAUUAUAACGGCAAAUUCAGUUUUUUAAUAAGAACGACAAGUCUUUGUUACUUGCCGCAGAGUUAAUCAUCUACAAAUAAUAUUUAUCUUCAUUUAAACAUGAAGUUCUUUGUGUUAACGUUCACUGUAAUAUCAUUCUUUGUUGCUACUCUUGCUAAAAUUGAAACCGAAGAUGAGGUUUUAGUGCUGACGAAAGACAAUAUUGAGGAGGCUAUCGAACAAAAUGAUUACAUACUUAUUGAAUUUUAUGCUCCAUGGUGUGGACAUUGCAAAGCUUUGGCACCUGAAUAUGCCAAGGCAGCAAAGAAAUUGCAAGAAACUGAUUCUCCUAUAAAAUUAGCUAAAGUUGAUGCAACUGUAGAGACACAAUUAGCUGAGAAACACGGACUUCGUGGUUAUCCCACCCUUAAGUUUUAUCGUAAAGGCCAUGUCAUUGAUUAUAGUGGUGGUCGUAAAGCAGAUGAUAUUAUAAAUUGGGUAACAAAGAAAGCUGGUCCAGCUGCUAAAGAUUUACCAACAGUUGAAGAUGUUAAAUCAUUUAUUGAAGCAAAUAAUGUUGCAAUUGUUGGAUUUUUCAAGGAUACAGAAUCUGAAGGAGCAAAGGUGUUUUUAGAAGUUGCUAAUGCUGUUCAUGAUCAUGCAUUUGGUAUAAGUAGUAAUGAGGAAGUUUUCAAGGAAUAUGAAGUAGAAGAUGGCAAAGUUAUAUUGUUCAAGAAGUUUGAUGAGGGCAGAGAUGAGUACAACGACGAACUUGAUGUUAAAAAAUUACAAAGCUUUAUUUCUGUACAUUCAUUGCCUAUAGUUGUUGAUUUUAAUCAAGAGACUGCACAAAAAAUAUUCAAUGGUGAUGUCAAGAGUCACUGUCUUCUCUUCCUUAGUAAAGAAGCUGGUCAUUUUGAAGAAUACAUAGAACAUGUUAAGGAACCAGCUAAGAAAUUCCGUGGAGAGGUUUUGUUUGUAACAAUUAAUACUGAUGAGGAUGAUCACUCGAGAAUCUUGGAAUUCUUUGGUAUGAAGAAAGAUGCAGCACCCACCAUGAGGAUCAUCAAACUGGAAAGAGAUAUGAUCAAGUAUAAACCUGAGAAACCUGAAUUAACUAGUGAAAGUGUUAUGCAAUUUGUAACUGAUUUUGUUGAGGAUAAAUUAACAAGAGAUUUGCUUACACAACAAUUACCUGAGGAUUGGGAUAAGAACCCCGUAAAAGUUCUUGUUAGUACUAACUUCCACGAAGUUGCAUUUGAUAAAAACAAGGACGUUUUAGUUGAAUUUUAUGCUCCAUGGUGUGGACACUGCCAGCAAUUAGCUCCUAUAUAUGAAGCACUUGGAGAAAAAUACAAAGAUAGUGAAGAUUUAGUCAUAGCAAAAAUGGAUGCUACUGAAAAUGAAUUAGAAAAUAUAACGAUUAUUAAUUACCCUACGAUUACUCUCUUCAAAAAGGAAACUAAUGAAGCUGUAGAAUACAAUGGUGAGAGAACACUUGAAGGACUUUCUAAGUUUAUUGAAUCUGGCGGAACUUACGGUCAGGCUGCUGAAGAAGUUCAUUUGACGAUGAAAACGAAACAAACAUUCGACCUUUCAGAAUUAAUUGGAUUCUUGCAUCAAGCAUUUGUAUUUACAGAAGAUGUAAAACAUGUGUUAAAGUCAAACUGUAAUGAAGCUAUCUUCGUUUUAAAACCAUGGCGCAAGGAAGUUAAUAAUCAACAAGAGCUUAGUAAAAACAUUUGCACUUGUUCUAACGCUGAAACUGAAGUUGAAGAAAUAGCUGCAGGAAUUGGUAGAACAUUACUACAAACACAGGAAUUACGAGAAAAACUAUAUUUUAAUGUAACGAAAGGAAAAAAUUCGAAAUGUCUUAGUGUGUCUAAAAUUUAUAAUCCCCAAACAGCUGAUAACAGAGAACAAAAACGGAAAAAAACUUUAAACACUACCAAUAAAAAAUUACUUUUUAACAAAGAUACUAAUGCUGUGAAGCAAGAUACCCUAAAAAUAAAUUUAAGUAAAGGAUCAACAAGUAAAGUAGCAAGGGAAGAUAUAAAAAAUAGUGAGGAGAUAAAAAGUUAUGAUAAACAAUUGAUAGCUCGCUCAGGAAAAUUAAUGUCAACUAAAAACUUUCUUGUAAUAAACAAAAGCAAUAUUAAAAAUAAGAGUGAAAUAAACAAGCAUAAUAAUAAUAAUUGUAAGGUGGGAGAGAAUACUAAAUCCAUUAAUUCCAUGUCAAAGUUAAGAUGUACUAAAUCUGAUGAUAGAUUUUCUGCAACAUCAACCAGUGAAUUGAAAUAUUUAAUACAAAAAGUUUCAUCUAACUCUAAUAAUUCAUUUUCUGAUAUGCAUAGUACAAAAUGUCCAUCACAUGAAGAUGUAAUUUCACAAUCUAAAUAUGAACGAAAUUUUGUAACUGUUGAUGUUGUAGACAGUAUUAAUGCAUCUAAUAUUCCCGGAGAAAUAAUUAAACCGUUAAAAAUUUAUCAUACAUACUUAAACACUGAAUUUUCAAAAAAGUCAGUUAAUAAUGAAAAACGCCAAAAGAUGGUCAAUAAAUUUUUAAUGAAAUUUAAUGAAACGGACAAAGUUAUACAAAAAACUUCAGUACAAAAAUCUCAUGAUAUAAUUUUACUUACUAAAUACAUGUCUUUCUUUCAAAUUCUUUUUUCCAAAGACGGAGAAGAAAUAUUAAACUCUAGUGCUAUUAAAAAAAUUCAUACUGAAUUACAAUCUACAUGGAAAACGUUUGGAAUGAAAGAGUUUGAUAAUGCGCAUAUUUUGAAAUCAAAUGUGCAAAAAAUACCACUAUGUCCUGUUCUUAAUUUAAAAGAAUGGAUGUCAAAUGGAAUAUGGGAUCUUUCCUACAUUAGAAAUUUUAAAGGAUUGUCAAUGAUGUGUUGUAUAUGUUAUACAGAUAAAAAUUACUUAUUAUCUUUCUUUGAAUUACUACAACAGUUACAACAUAUACAUUAUUCUAAAAGUUUAAUUGACAUGCUUUUAAAAGAAGUACUUCCUAAUAUGAAAAUGUUUUCUGAUUCUACACAAUCAGAAUAUAUUAAAAUGUAUAAAAUGAUUUAUAUUCUGUAUCAGGGUUUAAAUCCAAAGAUUCCAGUAUUAGUAAGCACAAAUAAAUAAAGAUUUCAAGAAAUU